AGAAGAAGAAGAAGAAGAAGAAGAAGAAGCAGCCCGUUGCUGAUGGCCUUCAGCUGUAAUAGUCCAUUUACAAUUCGGAUCCGCGCCGAAUCCGGCUAGACCCGUUCGAGUUACUCUUCGCGGUGAUCCGGCGAAUCGCCCGCCGUUUCCCCGACGAACGCCUCGAGGGAUGCGCAUAAACUGCGCGCUUUCUCAAAUAACCCUCCGACGGGGAAGAAGAAGCGGAGGAUCUGGGAAUUGAGAUCUCCGGAGAUUGAAGCUAAGCGAGGGAUGGCGGCAAUGGAGGAAGAGCUGAAGGCGCUGCUCCAGGACAUCGAAUCGCUGAAGCGAUCUCAAUCCGAUGCCAAAUCCCUCCAUUCAGUCGACGAGAUGCAACAGCGAAUAGUGAGAAUCAUGAAUGUUACGAAAUUUGGGACCUCACGGCGCUCCAAAGUCAAGGAUAUGAGUGCCGAGGUGGCAGACAGCAACCCCUAUAGUAGGCUGAUGGCCCUUCAGCGCAUGGGCAUUGUGGAGAACUAUGAAAGGAUCCAAGAAUUCUCAGUUGCAAUAGUCGGUAUAGGUGGUGUAGGCAGUGUUGCUGCAGAGAUGCUUACAAGGUGUGGAAUUGGUCGCCUGUUGUUGUAUGACUAUGACACAGUGGAGUUAGCUAACAUGAAUAGGUUAUUCUUUCGUCCUGACCAGGUUGGCAUGACCAAGACAGAUGCUGCUGUCCAGACCCUUUCAGAUAUCAAUCCAGAUGUUGCGUUGGAAAGCUAUUCGUUAAACAUCACAACUGUGAAAGGGUUUGAAAUCUUCACGGAAAGCCUUAGGGCAAAAGGCUCUCAGAAAUCUGGACGUAGUACUGGAAUUGAUCUUGUUUUGAGCUGUGUUGAUAACUACGAGGCUCGUAUGGUUGUGAACCAGGCCUGCAAUGAGCUGGGUCAGACAUGGAUGGAGUCUGGUGUAUCAGAAGAUGCUGUUUCAGGUCAUAUACAACUGCUGGUUCCUGGGGAAACUGCUUGUUUUGCAUGUGCCCCUCCUUUGGUUGUAGCAUCUGGAGUGGAUGAACGUACGCUCAAGCGAGAAGGUGUUUGUGCUGCAUCUUUGCCAACAACCAUGGGGGUUGUUGCUGGUCUCCUAGUUCAGAAUGCACUUAAAUACUUGCUGAAGUUUGGGCAAGUUUCUCCUUAUUUGGGAUAUAAUUCACUUAAAGAUUAUUUUCCAACCAUGGAAAUGAGACCAAAUCCACAGUGUUCAAACUUGGCAUGUUUUGAGCGACAGAAGGAAUACAUCCAAACAAAACCAGCUAGAGAUGCUGCAGCUAAGGCAAAGAUCGAAGUUGAAAUAUCAGCAGUAAGAGAAGGGCCCCUUCACUUGGAUAAUGAGUGGAAUAUAAGUGUUGUUGAUAAUAGCAAGAUGGAAAUAUCGAAUGGUUGCAGUGCAUCAGAUGAUGCUCUUCCAGAAGGUCUUAUCCACGAGCUCCCAAGUGCCGGCAAAUAUCCGGAGUCACUGGUGGUUGGAGAGGCGUGCCCUGUGGUAGAUGAUCUUGAGGAUCUCCAGCGGCAGCUCGAUGCCCUUAAUGCAUCCUGACCUUCCAGAAACAUUGACCUUGCAAUUUUAUUUGAACCCUUCUUCUUUUUUUUUUCUAAUGCAAAGGGUAUUUAUCAGUAACAUUAGCUUCCCUGGUUCCCUUCUGAAAUGAAAAAAAGGGAAAUGAGGGGAAGGUGUCAUGACUUAAUUAGGAGAAACCUUCAUUUCCUAUUCACUUAACCUGCAUUCCUCCAAA